AUGAACAAUCAAGUAGAUAUAAAAACUAUUAAUGUUUAUGUACCCUACAUUGAAAUUUAUCUUCAGUUGGAAAUUUAGAUCAACAAUAAGCUUUAAUAAUUGGCUUAUCUUAUACAAUAAGUUACAGGAAAUGAUAAUGAAAUGAAUAUAUUUAGGUAAUACUUUUAAUCUAAAAUUUGAUUUAAAUUUAGAGGAGAGUUGCUUGGAAUGAAUCAAAUUAUAUCUGAAAUACAAGGAAUUUCAUAUGGUGAUCCAAAAUGUUAUUUAACAGCAUAUGCUGAAAUGACUGGUGCAUGA